CCCAAUCAUUCCCCUCCCCUCCGUUCCUCACUCCACUCCACCCCAAUGGCGUCGCCGGCGCCGCCCUGCGGCCCCGACGCCUCGCCGGCCAUGGAGUCGCAGGCGAGCCUCCCGGACCACCUGACGGAGGACAUCCUCCUCCGCCUCCCCACGGCCGCCGACCUCGCCCGCGCGUCCAUGGCCGGCCCAUCCCUCCGCCGCAUCGUCACCGACCACUCCUUCCUCCGUCGCUUCCGCGUCCUCCACCCGCCGCCUCUCCUGGGUAUACUCUCGGACCCCUUCAUCCCAGCCCAGCCGCCGCACCCCUCCGCCGCCGCCGCCGGAACCCUCGCCGGCACCGACUUCUCCUGCUCCUUCCUCCCCUCCCGCGAGCGGCCCUGGAUUCGUCGCGACUUCCGCGACGGCCGCGCCCUCUUCUGCGUCGCCCCCGACGGCGACGACCGCGCCCUGGUGAGGGAGGUGGCCGUGUGCGACCCGCUGCACCGGCGCUACCUCCUGCUACCUCCCGUUCCCCAGGACCUUUCCGAUCUAGUCUAUCACUGCCAGCCCUUCCUUGCUCCUGCCGGCGGGGACGAGGUGCCGGCCGACGCUCCCUUGAGAUUCAGAGUCAUGUGCUUGGCCAAAUACCAGACCCAGCUGGUCCUAUUCGUCCUCUCUUCGUCGGGGGGCUGUGCCAGACCAUGGCACGCCAUCCCAUUUGAUGGUUGGAGCGCUCUGGUUGCACAAGUUAGUGAAGGCGAAGAUGUGCGAUCCUCCACUGCGUUCGGAAAUCGCUACUACGCGCACGGAUGCUUCUGCUGGGCGAUACCUGGGAUCGGCAAGUUGCUCAUGCUCGACAUUGCCACGAUGGAGUUCUCCUCCAUCGACCUCCUGCCUAGUCCCUGGAGCAAUUCCCAGAUGGCCUUUGUGGAGGCAAGGGAAGGGAGGCUUGGGUUGUUUGCUCUCAGCCACAAUCGCCUCUUGUAUUCCAUUUCGGGGAGCAUUGAGGAUGACCCCCCAAGGCUGUCGCUAAUGGGGGCUGUAGUCCCAUUGCCCCUUGAUUACGUCUAUUACAUCAUUGGUGUAGCUGGGGGAUUCUUACUCCUACAUGGGUUUCAAGACAACCCGGAAUCAUACCCUUCGUUUGAAAUGCCAGAUCCGGACUGUUUUUCACUGAAUCUCCAGACUAUGAAGCUUGAGCGGUUUUGUGGGACUGAGCUCAUGAUGCCAUUGAAGAACCAACUACUGUAUGCGGGUUUCCCGCCAUCCUUGUCUCCACCAACUAUUUGAAGGGGGCUUAAUCCGCUGUGUAUUGGACUCAUUUUGCUGCUGGCUGAUGAUUGCAAGGAAGGAUGACACAUACAUCAAGCAAUUGUCUGUGUUUGGCCUGUUGACUCGAGUCUCGCCUCCGGUCCUUUUAUGUCCAAAGCCCGCAUGCAUGCUACAUGUUGGUUGAUUUGGCAUGUGUGCGCAACUUGAGUGCGUUAAUAUUAGAUGGGUACAUGGGUCGUCAACCGGUCGACCUGCCUCAUAUAUAUUAGAGAUGGGUUCUGCAGACUGCAGUCUCUCUAGCUACUGUUAAUUUUCAUGUUUCCUUCCAUGUAGUCUCCCUUGUUCGUUGCUGUUAUUUGGCCAUUUGUAAAUUGCUAGCGGUGCCAAGUCCUAGAGGCAGAUGAUGGGGAUCCUAAGCUUAGAGAGGUGGUGGGUUCGAAGGAUUCUUUCCUCGCGGCCUUGAUGCCUAACGGGAGGCAGUGCUGCUAGAAGAGGGAGUCUCCGGUGCUCCACCGUAGGGGUCUUGCCGGACCAAGUGGUUUGCCCCCGGCGCUGGCGAAGAUUGGUUCCAUCAAAGAGCACCUGGACACGAUCGUGUUUUCUGCUUUUCUUCGGUACAGUUUAGUCUGUUAUUUUCAGUUUCUUUGGGGUGCAAGAUGUACUGCCAGCAGCUUUGAUCAAUGCAGCCCUUGUUCAAAAAAGAAUGCAUCCAUUUGUUGACGAAUUGCUUGUGAAAUGCAUCAUCUCCUCUUCUUA